GUGGCGACGAGAACGUGGAGGGCUGGGGCUGGAAAGGUGCAGGGCGUGAUGGCAAAUGUCUGCUUUAUUGGUCGCUCAAGCCGCAUCCGAAGGGAAAGGGGACUCUGCUAAAUAGUAAAAGCCACUAUAUGCAGGAUUAGGUUUGCAUUCUGGGUUGCACAGCAGGCAGAAAUUCAACAGGUUUCUUCAGCCUGUUCCUCCCUUUGUGGGAGAGAUGGUGGUGGAAGUAUGUGGCUUCUUUGGGGUAUAUCUAUUAUACUGCACCAAUCCCCGUUAUCAGGGACGGAUCUACAUUGGCUUCACUGUCAAUCCCGAACGACGCAUAGACCAACACAAUGCUGGGAAGCGGUGUGGUGGGGCCUGGAAGACAAGUGGACGUGGGCCAUGGGACAUGGUGUUGAUUGUUCAUGGUUUCCCCUCUGAUGUGGCUGCUUUGCGCUUUGAAUGGGCCUGGCAACAUCCUCACUCGUCCCGCCGUCUUACCCAUGUCACCCGCCGCAAAACACGGGAGCGUCAGUUUGACUUCCACUUGCGUGUCGUAGCCCACAUGUUGCAAACUGCCCCAUGGUGCCGUCUGCCCCUCACCAUACGAUGGCUCAAGCAGGAGUACUGCCGAGAGUUCCCCCCAGGCUUGGAACCCCCCUUACACAUGCCCAUAGCCUUUGGGCCAGUUCGAGCUGUCAAAGAUACUAAAUGUGCUGAACCGUCAUCUCCAGAGGAAAAAGUGGAGACCACAAAACAUUGUAGUGUCUGUCUAAAGACUUUCCAGGAUGGGGAUGAGGACAUUCCCUUGCACUGUUUUCACCCAACUUGUACCAUGGCUGCUCAUAUGUUUUGCCUGUCUCAUCUUUUCCUGGAAAAGGAGCCUAAUCAUAUCCUGCCCAUUGAAGGACAGUGCCCGGGCUGCAAGAAUCUUAUCCUUUGGGGAGAUCUGAUUCGUCACCAUAAAGGUUGCUAUGGUAACUUAGAGGCCGAUCCCACCUCCUCUCAGGUGAAGCUCUUGCUGUUCUUUCUAGACUUGUGUGGUUUAUCUUGAAAUGUUUAUUUCCUGAAUUAAGUUCAACAGUUUUUAUGUCCUGUUUUAAUUGAAACUUUGAAUUCUGAGCUAAUCUUUUCUUCUUUGAAUCAGUAUUUUUUCUCUUUUCACCAAUAAUAAUUUUGGUUACAGCUUAGGCAAGCUGAGAUUUUAUUUUCUUUAUUUUUCUUAUGUAUAUAUUGUACCUGCUUCACUUAUGUCUUCAUCCAAUAUAAUCAAUCACUUUUAUCCUGCAGAAACAUUGGGCUGAUGAACUGCAACCGUGAAGGAGAAGACUUUUAAAAGAGACCUUUAAAAAGUAACCAAGGCCUAUUUCCUUGCUGAGAGUGGAUCACAGGAUCUCAACAUGGUGUACAGUUCAGCUUUUCUUAGUCUGACGUGCAAAAGUCUAGAAAACAGCUAAGUAGGACUGGAUUCUCUGCUCUCGUGUCCCACCCCAGAAUCAUUUAACAAACAAUAUUUAAUUUUCAUUAAGUGGAAUAAUUAAAUUGAAGGACCAUAGUCAUGCUGGAAGUUUAUGGAUUGUGAGGCAGGAAUGCUUGGGAAGUGCACAGAAUCAUUAACUUAAAUGAGAAGAACUAGUUCCAAGUUUCCAUUUCCAAAACUUCUGGCUGCAAAGUAUGUAAGUUUGGUGUUUUAGACUGAGAGUCAGUAAACUUAAAAUGAAUAUGUAAAUAAUACAGUUAUUUGUUUCUACUGUACCUAUAGCGAAUUGAAUGCUUAAAUGGAUUGUAAAAAAGACACUCUGAAGUGCAGAGAGAUUCUCCAGAUUACACAUUUCUGAUUUUAUAUGGCCGUUUUCUCAUUUAUGCAUAGUAUUUAACAAACACUUUCAGUAAUUCUUUAGCUUGGCAUUAACCAAAUAUUGCAGAUGAGAGGACUGAGGGCACAGUAGCUUACCUAAACUCUCUAAAUAAAUCCAUGCCUCUAAAUAAAUUAAUGAAUGGGGUUAAAAGUCCAUCAGUUGGACCAUCAAGGUAGAAUUAUGUUUUUAAUGAAAUUACCUAACAUGAGUCUUUGAUUAUGAUAGUGUACAAAAUAAACUUGAAAGUCUGUAUUAUAAAGAUAGCAGUUAUCCUAUAUGCUAAAAAGGCAGCCAUAGAAACUGAAGAAUAUAUAAAAGAUCAUUCCUAAAAAAUAAAUAUUCCUCACAUAAUGGCCACAUGAUCAAGCCAUAGGAUUUGAAGUUACUCCAGAUUUUAUCUGUGGUGUACUGUAUUUAAAAAGGACCCAGCUUUGAAAAAAAGUCAUUUUUUUCCUCUCAUGUGAAAUAUAUGUACUGCUGGUAGAAUAGGAUCUUAAGAAGCUUGAAAAGUCAAAAUGAUUUGACAAUAUAUUAAAACAGAUGUCUGUCUUUGUGAAAAUUAAUUUAUGAAUUCUGUAAUCAAAAGUCUCUAAGCAGUUUCCAGACUGUUUGUAAAAAGGGGGAAAUAACUUAUUAUGUAAACAAAUGUUGCACUGGUUUUCUACUGUACAGAAUAAAAAAUGAAUCAUCAAAUAGCCAA